UCAGUCGGGUGGUAUUUUCAAACGCCAUUCUUGGAUAGUUCGGGGUGCGGGCCCCAUACAUUGAGGGGUGUUUCACCGAACGUCUCGAGGGACGCCGCAUAUUCGUCGUCUCGUACAUUUGGUCCCCACAAGGAAUCACCGACCAUGGCCAUCAGCGUGUGGGGCUUGCUGCUGACGAUAACAAUCACCGUACAAGCACAGCCACAGCUCGCCUGUGAGAGUGUAGGAGAUGGCAGUCCCGUCUGUAGCUGCGGGUCUGGACGUGUUUCCUGUAAAGACGCCGACUUGACACACGUGCCGACUGAUAUCCCACCAGACACUGAAACUCUGGAACUCUCCGGAAACAAGAUUACGUCACUUCCGGCGAUGGUCUUCGAUGGUCUUCCACUGUUAUCUACUCUCGAUCUUUCUGAUAAUAAGAUUUCAUCUAUAGAGGUUGGGGCCUUCGAUGGUUUAGGCGGCAGUCUUAAAAACCUUAAACUGAAUAACAAUGAGCUUGUGAGUUUAAAGGAGGGCAUAUUUAGAAAUCUAACAACUCUUGAAUACCUGUAUCUUAAGGACAAUAUGAUAUCAACGUUACAAUCUGGUGUCUUUCGUGGAUUGUUAGGCGUAUUCAAGAUUUCCUUUGAUGGAAAUAGUAUUGCAAGUUUUCCAGCUGAUAUUUUUUCGGACGUGCCGCCCUUGCGGACGAUAGAACUGCCGAGGAACCGUAUAAAGAGCUUAGACGACAUCCUACCUGCGCUUCCAUCCAAUAUGAUAAGUUUGGAUCUGAGUGGCAACAAUCUAGGGAACCUGCCAGCAGGAGCGUUUAGCGGCUUUCCGCGUCUGUCCAGUCUUCAUCUGAGCUCCUGCAACAUCUCAGACCUACCUCAAGAUGUUUUUCUUGGUCUUAGUAGCCUUGCCUAUCUCUAUCUGAACGACAAUGAUUUGGUCGAGCUGAGGAAUAACAGUUUUGGUGCCCAUCGUCGGCUGGCAAUCGUAAACUUCAGUAACAACAAAAUCGCAAGAAUUGAGGAAGGACUUUUUAGUAGGUUCCCGAGGCUAGCAAACAUUGCACUUCAGUCGAAUCAGCUAACGUCCCUGCCGCCCCGUGUGUUUGAUAAUCUGUCGAGACUGCGAGAAAUUCGACUAGAAAAGAACAAGCUAGAAAGCCUGGAUGAUGCAAGCAUCUUUAAGGACCUUGAGAGCAUCUGGAUCAUCUAUCUUCAGGAGAACAACAUCAAAAGUCUCCCAUCUGGAAUCUUUAGCGAAGCAAACCUGCCAAAUCUUAAGCUCCUCACUCUCCACUACAAUUCCCUUACAGUCAUUGAAAACGGUACCUUUGACAACCUUCCUAGUAUACAAACAAUUUAUCUGCAGCAUAAUCCGCUGGAGCAGGUAGGCUGUGGGAUGGUUCCAUCUAAGGACAAGUCGGCGUCACUAGAAAGGCUGACUAUUUCUUGUACAUGUCACCUUAAACCACUGUACGAUUGUCCCGGGUUCGAUGACUGGCUUGGCGAGAAGACGAUAUGCGUGUCCCCGAUCUGGGUAUGGCGAGUCAAGCUAAAAGGAGUCUCGCGAGAUAAAUUGGUCUGUUCCAGGGCGGGGGCUAAUCGUACAGACUGGAUCGCCUUGGUCAUCUUAUUGCUGUUGUGUAAUCUCUUUAUAAUUGCUUAACACCGUAGAUUAUGUAGGGAUGCAAUGAUACCUUAGACUAUCAAAUAACGAACUGUACAAACCAGGAAUGUUAUGCCUUUAAGUGGUUUGCCGUAUGUAACAAGCAUGAAAGAAACCUGUAUUUUAACUUCACAUACCUGCCAGUUUCAGUUUUAGAGCUGUAGUACUGUAAAAGUUCUAGGUGUGCCAUCUUCAAGUGAAGUCAGUAAAUACUGUUGCAAAGAUUACUGAGUCGAGGAGUUUUGACUGUACAGAAAAAAUACCAUGAUUUAUACAAAGACUCGUAACAUAGGUCAUUAUGUGUCCGUGUCUCAAGAUUCUUAGUAUUUGUCAAAUCCCUGGCAAUAAAUGUACGACCCAUAAUUUCUGCAAUAAAACUUCCA